AGUAAAAAAAAAAAUAAAAAGUAAAUAAUAUAUAUUCUUCUUUUAAUGUAGGAAAUUACAAAGUAAAACCACCUUCCAUUCCCCCCUGUUCUUCUCUAAUUGAUGAAAAUACUUCAAAAUCGAUAUCAUUGAGUCAGUGGCAGGGUUUCCGUUUUUCCUUCCAUGGGAACCAAGAACCUGCCUGUCAUUGGCUGCAGCAGGCAUUGCAUACAUACUACACGCUUUCUCCUCCGCUCUAUAGGACUGCAGACCUUUUCCAACAUAUUAAUUCUCAAACAAGAGACCCAACUACAUCAUAACAACAGGAACAACAACAACAACAACAAACUGGCAGCCUACCACACAACAAACAGCAGCAGUAACAACCACUAUACAACUACUACAACAACAGCAACAAUAGCUCACCAAAUCAAGAUACUAACUAACUAACUAACAUACAACAAUUUUCAACUCAGAAACAACAACAGCAAAAUAACCACAACUACAACUACUACUACUACUAUUACUACUACAACAACAACUACAACAUAAACACUGGAAAGCAAAAAAAGGAUUUACUAACAUAGGAUUCUGAAUAAUUCUAUAACUUAUUUCACCGGAUCUUAGAUCUGAGCAAGAUGGUACUUUGUCGAUGUGAUCCCAAUAUCUAUCCAAUAUGGCUACUGAUUGUCAGAUUUACCUAAGCAGCAGAAAAAGAAAAGAUAAGAAAAGAAAGAGGGAAGACACCCAAUUCUUUCAAGACACAAAUUACAUUGAUGUUCAGUUAUAUAUAUAAACCCAAACCCCAAUCUUAACCAUGACGAUAUUCACCUUUAUGCAGCAUAAGUUACUCGAGGGAAACAAAUAGGGAGCAACUGAAAGAAACCACUUUCAAGCUCCCUCCCACAAUUUCAUCGCAAACAAGAUAUAUAUAUGACAUGAAUGUAUAUAUAUGUAUAUGUAAUUAUAUAGAUUGAAUCUUUUCAUUGGGACUUGAGUUGAAAUGACUUUUAAUUUAACUUGGAAACAUAGUUACAAGGCAACAUGUUGUUACAAUUGCUCAUACUUCAAUUUCUAAUUGACACAUGUGUGUGUUUGGAUUUCAUUUACCGAGUGGAUGAAGGGAAAAGCUCCGACACCUAUGUGGGGAAUAUUGCUGCUGAUACACACAUUUUCGAUACGGUCUCUCCAGAAUACCAUGAUCAGAUAACAUUCAGUCAAUUAGCAAAGAACAGUAAAUCCGAAUUAUUUCGAGUUUCAAAAGUUGGUAAACUUUUUACUUCACAAGUUCUUGAUGCUGAAUCACUUUGUAAAUAUAAUACAGACUGUUUCAAGACUAUUGAAGUUGCUGUCAAAAACCAGGAAUCCUUUAUCAAAGUGUUGGAAAUAAAAGUUGUUAUAGAAGAUGUAAAUGAUCACCCACCAGAAUUUACGGUGGAUGAAGUCGAAAUCCAUUUCUCAGAAAGAGACAGGAAAGGGUCACGAUUAUCAAUUCCAAAUGCCAUAGACAAAGAUCUUGGAGUUCAGAAUUCUUUAAUAACUUAUGUAUUGAAAAAAAGCAAAAAUGAACCAUUUGAUUUGUCAGUUUAUGAAAAACUAGAUGGCACGGCAAAACUGGGUAUUGUCUUAGUUGAAAAACUUGACCGAGAAACAAAAGAUACUUAUACACUGCAAGUUAUAGCCAAAGACGGAGGAUUUCCUAAGAAACAAGGUGUUUUAAAUGUUAAAAUAUUAGUAAAAGAUGAAAAUGAUAAUCCUCCAAUUUUUACUGAAAGUGUAUAUAAUGUUUCUUUAAGGAAUACUCAUCCAAAAAAUUUAUCAAUUGUAACUGUCUUGGCAAAAGAUUUCGAUUCUGAUGAAAAUGGUCAAGUGUCAUAUUACUUCAGUUCAAAGAUGGCUGGAUUAACAAAAACUUACUUUGAGUUAGUUAAAAAUACAGGAGAAAUUUUCUAUCGUGACAAUUUCCCCUUUGAACAAAGGCAAACCUAUAAGUUAUUCAUUGAAGCUAUGGAUGGUGGUAACCCUCCUCUUAGUUCCACUGCUAUUGUUCUUGUAAAUGUUAUCAACCAAUUGAACAAUCCUCCAAGUGUGGAGGUGAAUUUUUUCUCUGAGUCGACAGAAAAUGCCUUCACUAUAUCAGAAGGAGUUAAAGUGGGUAGUUUUAUAGCUUACGUGAAAGUCACUGACAAUGACGUUGGAGAAAAUGGAGAAGUCACUUGUGAACUUCAACACAACAAGUUACAACUUCAAAACCUUGGAAAGAAAAAAUAUAAAAUAACUGUAAAGAAUCUGAUUGAUAGAGAGACAGAAAAUCAUCUUGAUUUUAGAAUUAGCUGCCAGGAUAAAGGGUCUGUUCCUCUUGGGACAGAUAGAAAUUUCUCCAUCCAAGUAACAGACGUGAAUGAUGUGAAGCCACAUUUCACCAAAAACACUUUCAAGUUUCUGACUUAUGAGAACGAAGAGCCAAACUUUCCUGUUGGUUUCAUUAACGCGACUGACCCUGAUUUAGGUAUAGGAGGUCAACUUAGUUACUCAUUAAUUAGUGACCAACACAUACUGCCAUUUGAAAUUUCUGAUUUUGGUUUCAUUUCGACAACUCGGUCUGUAGAUUAUGAACAACAAGAUAUUUACAAAUUCAAAGUUUUCGUCAAAGACAAUGGAACACCAUCACUAAACAACACAGCAAAUGUUGUUGUUGAGGUUAUGGAUGAGAAUGAUAAUGCUCCUUAUUUUACAUUUCCUAGUGUUAACCCUUUUAGUUUAGAUGUCCACUAUCAACCCCAUCGCAAGAAUGAUGUUGCAGUAUUGAGAGCCUCUGACAGAGACAGCCAUGUCAAUGCUUUCCUCAGGUACGAAAUACUUGGAGGAAACGAGAAACAGCUAUUCAAAGUGAACUCCUACACAGGAGUUUUAUCUUUUUCUCGUACCGUUUACCAAAACGACGCUGGAUCAUACGAGCUCCUGUUUGUUGUUAAAGACAGCGGUACUCCAGUUCUAUCUGCAACAACCACCUUGUCUUUAAUAUUAACAGUUAGCAACAAAACAGCCAAAAUGCAAACCACAGUGCAUGUGGAAACAGACAAUAGAAUACAUAUCAACUUGAUGAUUCUCUUUGUUGUGGCAGCAGUCAUUAUCACCAUAGUAACAGCAAUUUCAGUUAUAAUAUGUAUUGUCCAGAGGCACAAUCAAAAGAAUGUGCCAUAUGGAAGCACCACAGAGGCCGAUAACAAAUUUCUAGAUGAAAGAAACCAAUCAGAAAAUGUGUGUGAACAAUAUGAUAUUCCAGUUACCAUGGUAACUAAACAAGAACACAACCAGGUCUACCAAGCAACAUUGCUUAAAAAGGAACCCUGUGCCGAAUUUCAAGCAGGCCAUACUUGGAAAGGGUCUGCUGUUGAAAUACAGCCUCAGGCAGCCGUACAAGGAACACCUCAAGUAACUUAUACUGCAGUUAAUAAGGAAAAACGCAUGGUUAUCUCCCCUGAACAACUGAACACAAUUUCAACUUUGUCUUCCCUGGAAGGCAGCGAAACCAGCUGGAGUGAGUCUGGCAGUAGGCAUUAUGAAACUCUCCCAGGUAUCAUAUCCUACCAACCGAAGGCAGUUCAAACUACAGAUGGCAAAGCCUUAUCAAAAUCCCUCGGUAGAUUUAAAGACCCUAGUGCCACCCCCAAACUUAUCUACCAGUCCAAUGUGGGGCAGGGCACACCUUGCACCGACAUCAUCGAUCUAAAAUCUAUUCGAGUAGGUAGCAGUGGUUCCACUAUACCAUCACAGCCUUGGAACCUACCGAUGAGGAAUAGUUUCACAUCUUAUGCCAAACCACUUCCAGCUCUACCCAAACUACCAUAUGCAUAAAAUACUACUACUACUAAUAAUAAUAAUAAUGCUGAUAAUACAUAAAAUUAAUAAUAAUUAUUACAAUAAUGAAUGUUUUAUUGGCCAGAAGAGUCAAGAUAACAAGGGACUACGAGAAAGAAAUGAUAGUCAUAAUAAAUAAACUUAAUGAAAAAUUUUAAAAUAUAAAUCUUAAAAUUUUUUUAAAAGGACAAAAUGAUAUAAAAGGAAGAAAUAAACAAAUAAUGAUAAGAAAAAAUAUCAACAAAAGAAAAAUGUGGUCUGCCAGUACCAUUUUCCCAGAAGUUGUCCCUAAAAAGAGCCUCCCCACAAAAAAUUAAUUCAAAUAACAAAAAUGAAUUUAAAAGGCAAUGAAACAGAAGAAUUUGAGAUGAAAGCUUUUUGUUACCAAACUAAACUAAACCAAGUUCUCACUGAACAAACUUGAACCAAAAUGCUACUACAUUUUUUUCUUUUUUGUUUUUUUUUAAAUCCCUUGCCCCAUUACACUAUACAUGCUAUUUUUCCACCCUGCUCUGCCAAAGAAAUAUAAUCACUGAUAAUAAAUUAUAGUUUAAAAUUUAAAAGCAAAAAAACAAAUGCACAUGCAUAAUGGCAUUAUCAACACUUGUUGCGCAGCAAUGUUCUGAUUUUUUUUUGAAGAAGAAGAAAAAGAAGGAAAAGAAGAGGGAAAAAAUAUUUUAAAUGGCUGAAAUAAUAUUCAAAGCUUAACCAUAUAUAUAUGUAUGUGUUAUCUUUUCAUAUUAUUAUCUAUAUUGGUAUCAUCAUCAUCAAUAUCAUCGUUAUCAAUAUAGUUUGUAUGACAACAAUAGCUUGAGAUGGAAAAAAUGCCAAAAGCUGGAUGCUUCACUGCAACUGGUUCUAAACUUCGUUAAUCUAUAGUCCACUCCUGCCGCAAUUGAAAUUUGCCUUUCGACACCCCCUCCUACCUGCCCACACUUCAAAACCAGUGAGAUUAGUACCAUUUAUAUACUGGAACCAGUAUAUUACUGGUACUAGUUUGUUGCAGAUGCUGAUUCUAUCAGCUUUAUCCUGCAUCUUUGAAAUAUAAGUAUUAACCUUAUAUAAAGGAAAAUCUAUAGCCUUCAUAGAAUGCCACUGGUUGGCUGGUUAAGUUCUUAUUAAACUGAAUUUGUAGCCCAAGUGUCACCCAAUCUUCAGGUCCCAGUUCAUGAUUAAUGCCCUUAUUAAAGAAAGGCAUGAAAAUCAUAACUUUCCAUUUAUCUAUUCCCUUUAUAAAUAACAUAUGGCAUCCAUUUCAAGCUAUUAUUAUUAUUAUUAUUAUGAUAAAUUAUUAUUGUUGUUGUUGUCAUCAUCAACACCAUCGUUAUCUGCACCAUCAUCGCCUUCAUAUCAUCCUCAUUGCCUUCUUAUCAUCAUCACCUCUCCCAAUAUUCAUUGGUGCUAUGCUAUUGAUAUGCCAUCUUUACAAGUUAGAAGCAAAAUAAUAAUGAUAAUAAUAAUAACAAUAACAAUUUUGCUAAUAAUAAUAAUAAUAAUAAUAAUAUCAACAGUAUUGAAACAGUAAAAGUGCACAAAAAAGGAAUAAAAAUCUUUUAAAAAUGAAAGACAAGAGAAUCCCUUGGCAAAAAAAAUCAAUGUAAAAAAAAGGCAGAGAGAGAAGCGGAAAAUGUAAAACAGAAAAGAAAAAUACCCCUUUCCUCACCAUUUAACAUUUCCUAAACCAGUGAAACACAAAUAACAAUGGUUCUAAUUCUUAUAGCUCCUUUCCACAACCCAUUAUGCAUAACUACAUAAUAAAAUUACAUCUUUGAAACAACAUAAGUCUGCUUGAUUGAGGCUGUCCUGGGAGGGAGGGUUACACAAUCAAAGCUUUAAAGUAGCAAAGUUGUAAUAAAUUUUAAUGCAAGCCAUUGCAACAAUAUACAGAUGCAAUGUUGAUUUUCUGGAAGCUUCACUUACAAAAGCAUUUCUGGCAUUACUGGUUUUUCUGAAACAGAGAGGAUCACCUUUGUCAACACAAUUUUAAUCAAACAAAUAUUAAAUUUAUUUGAAUAUUUAAAUGAAUUACAGGCACUUAUACAUUAGUGUAAAUGAUACAAGCUUAUUUUUACUGUACUGUAAGAGCAGUGAGCUAACAGAAUUGUUAGCAUGAUGGACAAAAUGCUUAGUGACAUUUCAUCUGUCUAUACAUUCUGAGUUCAAAUUCUGCUGAGGUCGACAUUAUCUUUCAUCAUUUUGGAGUCAAUGAAAUAAGCACCAGUUGAGCACUGGAGUUUAUAUAAUCAACUUAUCCCCUCCCCUCAGAAUGUUGGGCCUUGUGCCUAUAGUAGUAAGGAUGAAUGCUGUCUUGUUCAAAUAAUCUAGUCUCAUGGCCACAGGAAUUUGAAGUUCCUGCUUGUAAAUUAUUGUGGAUUACAAAAUGUUCCAGACCAUUGGUGUCCUCUCUGCAUCUAAACAUGACUCACUGAGACAACCUUAACAUACUUACUCAACCUGCUAGAAAUAGCAACCAAAUAACACUUUACUAUCAUCAAUUAAAAAAGAAAAAUGAAAAUAACAAGAACAGAUCAAGCAAUACAGUCUUAGAUAUAUAAAAACACCCACCAAAACAAAAUCCCAUGGAAAGGUCUUGACUAGAAUGUCUUUAAUCUACUUAAUCAGGGCUGACCUGGGGCUCAACAAUCAGAAUAAAGCAUAAAGUAAAGCUUCAAAACAUAUCUUUAUCUCUAUUCAGAUAACUUUAUCAUACUUAAAGAAUGUACAACAAAUACUAAAUGAAUAAAUGCAAAAAUAUGUAUACAUACGUACAUAUAAAUAUAUAUAUAUAUAUAUAUAUAUAUAUAUAUAUAAUCAUCAUUAUAUGUAUUUAUUUUCUCUAAGUUAAUAAUUAACUCCGACAAAAUAAAUUGGUUAAUAGAUACUAGGGUAGCAAAGAUCACAAAAUGACUGUGGUGUAACUCCUGUUUAUGAGGUAGAAACUCCUUGUUAUUUUGGGUACUUGAGUAAAUAUACAAAUUUAGUAAAUGGAGUAAAACGCAUGUGUUAAAUGAAUUCAUUUAACAUAUGCAUUUUACUCCAUUUACUAAAUUUGUAUAUAUAUA